AAAAUUUUUUCAAGAGUUCAUGAAUAUUUGGAUACAUCUCUUUAUCACAAACAUCUAAAGCAUGUAACCCAGAGGUGAAUACAAUUUUUUCAGUCACUAACACUACACUUAAGUCACUUAAAACAAACCCACGCCCUAUGGUAAAUCUACAGUCUUCGUGGUAAUUUUGUUUUUGUUGACGCAUAAAGUGCCUACAGAAAUUAUCAUAGACUGUCUUUGUCGUCUUCCCUUGAAAAUAGAUAAUAAUUUUUUAUGGACUGUAUAAAUUUAUUCAAAUGAAAUAUUAUAAAUUACGCGGGUUUUUCAAUAACUUUUCUUAUCAAUAAUUCGAGUAAUCACAGGGCAGGACGUGAAAACAAAUAUUUUCACGCAGGACGUGAGAAUAACCACUGCCUCAAGAAUAAUGUCGAAAAAUCUAGUGCAAUGCCAACAGCACCCAGAUGCCCCAUUGAUUGAAGAUUACAGAGCUGGCGAUCAAAUAUGUUCUGAAUGCGGUCUUGUGGUCGGUGAUCGAGUGAUAGAUGUCGGUUCCGAAUGGAGGACGUUCAGUAAUGACAAGGGCGCCAAUAGUGCCGAUCCUUCGCGUGUUGGAGGGGCAGAAAAUCCAUUGCUCAAUGGUUCUGACUUGUCAACACUGGUCGGUCCUUCGAGGGGCGAUGCAUCAUUUGAUGAGUUUGGCGGUAUGAAGUAUAAAAAUAAGGGUAUGGUUUGUUCGACUAAUCGUUCACUACUUAAUGCGUACAGAGAAAUUGGCCUUAUGGCCGAUCGCAUCAAUUUGCCAAGGAAUAUUGUUGACAGGGCCAAUGUACUGUUCAAACAAGUGCACGAUGGCAAAAAUCUUAAAGGUCGAUCAAAUGACGCAAUUGCGUCAGCUAGCUUGUACAUCGCUUGUAGGCAAGAAGGUGUGCCACGUACAUUCAAAGAAAUAUGUGCCGUAAGCAAAGUUAGUAAAAAAGAAAUUGGAAGAGUUUUUAAAUUAAUAUUAAAGGCGUUGGAAACCAGUGUUGAUUUGAUAACAACUGGAGAUUUUAUGUCAAGAUUUUGUUGUAAUUUGGGAUUACCAAACAUGGUCCAGAGAGCAGCUACUCAUAUAGCUAAAAAAGCAGUAGAAUAUGAUAUUGUACCAGGUCGUUCUCCUAUAUCCGUAGCGGCCGCAGCAAUAUUUAUGGCGUCCCAAGCAUCUGAUGAAAAACGUUCUCAAAAAGAAAUUGGGGACAUUGCUGGUGUUGCAGAAGUCACAAUUAAGCAGUCAUAUAAACUGAUAUUGGCUAAUGCUACUUUACUAUUCCCAGAAGACUUUAAGUUUGUGACUCAGAUUUCUGAUCUUCCAACAUCCUAAAUAUUCCUACCAUAUAACUAUUAUUCAACUAAACAACAUUUAUGAAAAAUCCCACAAAUAUAUUUUUCAUAAUUUUACUGUACAAUUAGUUUUUAUUAAGGUUUGGACUAAAAAACAAGAGACUAAUAUUUUGUUUGUAUUUGUAUUUUUGUAAAAUAAACAAAUAUUUGUCUUUUCUAUAUAA